AUGGCCAAGAAAAGUAAAUUGAAACGGCAAUUAGCGGCUGAACGAAAAGCGGAAAGAGAAAAGGCGCAGGGUAUCAAUUCAGGUAGGCGUUUUCUAACUACGCUUUUCUACAACUUAGGAGAAAGUCAUGCUGAACAACCUUCAUCGUCAGCUGGUCCCAGUCGACCGGCAUCUGCUCGCCCAACUCUGGCCGAUCUCGAACCUCCCGCGCCUCCACCUCUUCAUCCUCCAACUUCACGUGCACCAUUGGAUCCUCGGGCUCGUGCAGCCUGCGAUUCAAGGAGUAUAUACAGCGGUCUCCAGCUGCCGGAAGUUCCCACUCCAAAUUUGAACCAAUCUCAAUUAUUUUGGUCGGCAAAUCAGGUGCCGAGCACGGGUUUCCAUCCUACAAACAUUUUUGGAUCUGCACAAUCGAAUCCACAAUACAGUGGAAGAGACAGAUAUUACAAUGAGAAUUACGGUGGUGGUGCAGUCCGACAACAUGACCAUCAGGAGGGAAGAUCUCGGCCACGCGCCGAUUCUCAUAGGGAUUACCGAAGGAACGAUAGCCACAGGAGUCGUGGUUAUGAUACAGAUAGAUCCAGGGACCGACGGUCGGGUCAUUCCCGACAAAGAGAAGAAAGAAGCCAGCGAGUAAGUCCAGCUUUCCAAUUUUUGAAUUAAAUUUUAGAGCGGAAGACAUCGAGAAUUUGAAGAUAAAUUGGCGACACAAAAAAUUUUACAAGAGGAGGAAAAAGAGAAAGAGAAAAAACAGAGAGAAGAGGAAGACAAGAUUCGUCGAGAAAAUCGAAGUGCAUUGUCUACAGUAUGCCUGGGCAAUGAGGAUAUAUAUGAUAGUGACGAAUCUGGAGGUGUAAGUUUUAUUUUGAAUUUUGAUUUGCUAUCGAAUCAAUGACGUUUUUAGGUACCAAUGGAUUUAGAACCAGAUACACGCAAACGGACGCAGCGAUCGUCUCUGUCUCCGGAUAAGGUGGGUCUGGAAAGAAUAAGGUUUAUGUUUUUAGCGAUUCAAAGCGGAGUCAAUAUCGUCCGGUGAAGAAAAUCCCGGUCAGGUGUCUGAUUCUGAAUCCGAGGGGGAAAUCAAAGAUGUCCCCGAAAAUCCUGUUACCGACCUGGUCAAAGAAGUAAGAGUAAAAACUGGAGAUCUUACUGUAAUGAUGUUUCAGAUGUAUGAAUUGCAAUUCAAACAGAAUCCGUAUCUAUUCAAUAGAAAAGACUUUAUAAUUGACUGUUUCAAGACGGAAGACGAUGAAAAAACAAUCGUUCCUUAUAUCAAAGAGAAUGGAGUUGCAUUUGACGAGCAAGUUACUAAUCAUUUGAUGAAUCAAAACUGGGAUCAUACCAUCCAAAAAUGUCCGCCAAGGUCGUUAUACAACGCACACCCGGAGAAUAAAGAUGCUCUCAUUCCUACGGUAAGGGUUUGUAUUUUCUUGUUUCCAAAGUUGUUGAUUUUUCUAGAAAUCAGAGCGACUGAACUACUUGAAUGUUGUCCUAAUCCCCGAACUAAAUGCUAAAUUGAAUACUCAAGCGAAUAAUGUUGCGAUCUGGUUGCAAUUACUAAGCGCAAAGGAUGAGAUUUAUAUUCUAAAGUCCGCAGAUCGACUGUCAGUAUCUGAAAUGGAGAAGAACGAGUUCUUGACUGAGCAGUUGGUAAUCAUCGACCACCUUCUGGAUUCGUUGCCUGGGAAAGAUCUGGAGGGAGUACUCACAUUUAAAUUGGAAUACUCUCUUCGAUUGAAACCAGAAGGAUAUUUGGAGGUGGCAGAAGAGAUCUUUGAGAAAUUUGUAAGAUUAUUAUUCACUCUUGUGCGACGUCUUGUCCAUUUUUUAGAUCAAAUCAGGAAAAAUGGUAUUCUCAUUGAAGUUAUGGGGCUGCAUUCUCAAGUAUUUCUGUAUUAAUGGAGCGAAGACAGUAGGUGACCAUCAUAUCCUAUCUUGAUUUGCAGAUGUAUUACAUUGACCAGUCUAUUCAAGUCUUGGUAAAUUUUCGGUUCAGUCGAGAUCAUAAACAAGACUUCUCCGCUGAGAAAAUUGAUAGUUUUUUGUUCGAACUGGUAUUUUAUAAAGCCAAGUUACACAUGGAAAGAAGUGAAACUCACAUUGUAGUGUCAAUGCUUCAAGCAUUCACUGAAUUUAACUUCUUUUAUCCUCCCGAAAUGGUCAAGAAGUCGUUUGUUUGGAAGCACGGAUCGUUUGAAAAGUUUUGGAAUUCGAAUCUGGAAAGAAUCGGAGAAAGAGAAGCCAAGUGUAAGAUUAGUUUAUAAUAUUUUUUAUUUUACCGUUUUUCGAUUUUAGCGUGGCGGGAAGUUAAAGAUUCGUUAAAUGAGGUGUUCCAAAAUCAGCAGAGGAGAAAUGAAGCUCAGUUCUUGAGGAAACAGAUGAUUAUUACCCAUCUUGAGGAGAUUAAUAUUAGUGGGAGUCAGGAAAUGGAGAGGUAUGUGGAACUGGAAAACAUUCGACAAGCAAGUUACUGGCAACCCUUGAAGUUUGAACAUAAUCUGGGUGAAGUCAUGGUAAGAAUCUUACUGUAGCAUUGUCAUUAAUUAGAUUCAAUCGCCUAAAUACACUGCCGGAUUUGAUGCUGAUGAGAAUGUAGCGGACGAUGAUGAUGAUUGUGAAAAUAUUCGUUGUGUGACGUCUGAUGGGUUCUUGAAGAGGAUAGUAAAAUUUGAUCAAAUCGAAUGUGUUCUAAGCAUCCUAAGACACCCAUUAGAAACAUUGGACCAGAAGGAAACGGCGAGAAGAUUGAAUGUGUUCAAAAAACGAAGAAAGGAAAUGCUCAUGUUGCUUUUGAGUGCGUUGAAAGUACCUGUUGAAGGAAAAGUAAGUUUAAUGUUCGUACUGGAUAAUCAAUCUUCCAGGCGGUAUUUAAUAUGGAGAGGUUGUUCAAAUCGCAUCUCAAGGCCCUUCCCAUGAAGUCCUACCAGAAAUUCGGAUUUCUCAAAUUCUUAAUCCGGUUCUCGGCCACACUUUUCAAAUUGGAGGACUCUGAAUUUGCUGAAGAGAUCAUUGCAACUGUGACCAAUGCAGUCGAGGAAUACUUUUCAAAUCUGGAUGGGAGUCGAUUCAGCAGUCAAUGGCCAGCCUUUCAGAAAUGGACUUUUAAUCAAUUCUUCGUCGAGGAGGGCAAACAAGCUUUGAAUAUUUUUCUCAGAGCCAAAUUGCUGGAAGUGGAAGCCAAUGUGAAGAGAUAUUCCAAAGCUGCUCAUUUUGUUAAUGGAAGAAAUCUUUUGGCAAAUGACAAGGAUCUCUUGGAAAGGAUGGUUAAAAUCUUGAUUGAAGCUGGAGAUCCAAUCAGGGGGCAUCUUCCGAACAGAGUCAUCUCCCUAUGGAUGACCACCAUGAUCGCUGAUUAUCUCGAAAGUAUCCGGGCUGAGAGCGGAAAGGUCAAGGAUAAUAUCCCGUUUCUGAGUAAAGCUAGAUUACUGUGGAUGUACAGAUCACAGGGACACAAAUUGAAUCAAUUCUUUGAUGAGGUAAGUUGCACGGUUUAAGUUAACGGAGCUUCGUGUAGAAAGUUAAAAUCUUUUCGUUGGAUAUGGAACAAUCUGCGCAAGCUUACAAAGAGAUGUAUGAAUCCACUCCGGUGGACGAAAGCGACAAUUUUGGAAUUCUGGGAACGGUGAAGGACUUGACGCUGAAACUGUAUGAUAUGAUGGAAUGGGAAAAGACGGGACAAUCCAUUUACGAAGAUCUGCACAAAAAUAGAGGCGCGCAGAAAAAUAGUGGUAGGUAACACGUAACGAAUGUAAGGCAAAUAAUUUUUAAAUUUAGAAGAGGAAAAGGAGAAAUUAGAGGGAACUAAUUUUGUGGAAGCAUCGAGGAUCUCGAAGUUAUUCAGAUUGGAAAGAGUUGAACAGCUUGCUCAAUGUGAUCUGCUACAAAGAAGGGACAGGUAUUAUGAAUGGGCAGCACAUUGUCUGAACGUUUAUCCUUUCGAUCCGAAGGUGUGGAGACAUGGGAUUAAAUUAGAUUCCGUCAGUCCGAAACUGGAACGUCUUCUUCCGGAGACAAGAAAUAGAAUGAAAUGUGAGUGUAGUUGUUGAUAUUUCAUUUCCCUAGCUCCUUCCGUUCGCGUGUUCCAUCAAGCGAUCAAAGUUCUUCGAUCGUUCGUUGAUGCUGAAAGGACUUUCUUAUGUUCGGCAUCGUCUUCCACUUGUAUGAAGGGGUAUCUGAGAAGUCUGUCCGAGGAUUUGGUUCUACUCCAGACGUCGUUACCAUUCCCAGAAACCUUUGCCACCAGGCUGGCUCUGCUUUAUGAGAUGAAAAUUGCCAAACGAACCAACAAAACUGCUCCGGAUUUUACUGUGAGUUAUUGCAAAGUCGCGAUAACGAGAGUUUUAAUACCUCCAUUUGUAAUCAUUUGUUUUAGGAAGCUUGUAAAUUCUUCCAAAAUCACUUCCGAAGUCAGCAAUACUCGAAGAUCCUAAAGCUAUGCGGCCUUGAAUUUAAGCCUUUGCAAGAGUUCAGAAAUUAUUCGCCAGAUCAAUUUUUGUGGUUCACGAGUCUGGAUGAAGUGGAUUUGUUGCUCAGGGAGCAUUAA